CUGUUCAAGUGUGUUUGUGAUCCAUAAAGCACGUAUAUAUGGUACUCUAGUUCUCAUCGUAUCUUCAACACCAUCCAACUCCUCAAAGCCUUCUUGCUUUUGGAAGCAAAGAUGCACACUGCUAUCCAAUUCUUACUUGAAAUCUGCCAAAUAGAUAAGAUGAUUUUGAUGGCAAUUCUUUUAGCUUCUCUUGCUUUUCUGUGGCUUUGCAGAAGCAAGAAGAAGGCAGAUAAUUUACCACCUGGUCCCACUGGGUUGCCAAUUUUGGGAAGCCUUAACAAGUUGGGAGCAAAUCCUCAUCGUGAUCUGCACCAACUGGCUAAAAAAUAUGGACCUGUCAUGUACUUACGCUUAGGUUUUGUGCCCACCAUUGUUGUUUCUUCACCCCAAGCUGCUGAACUCUUCCUCAAGACCCAUGACCUUGUGUUCGCCAGCAGACCACGUUAUCAAGCAGACAAAUACGUCUCUUGGGGGCAGAGGAACUUAGGCUUUGCUGAAUAUGGCUCUUAUUGGCGCAACAUGCGCAAGAUGUGCACGUUGGAAUUGCUGAGUCAAACCAAAAUUAAUUCCUUCAGAAGCAUGAGGGAAGAGGAGCUUGACCUGUUGAUCAAACUUCUAAGAGAGGCAGCCAACGAUGGAGAUGCUGUUGAUGUCAGUGCAAAGGUUUCAAAGUACAGUUUAGACAUGGCUUGUAGAAUGAUAUUAGGGAAGAAGUUUAUGGACCAGGACUUGGAUGAGAAAGGGUUCAAGGCUGUGAUGCAAGAGGCGUUGCAUUUAGUAGCAACUCCUAACAUGGGAGAUUACAUUCCUUAUAUCGGUGCACUUGACCUUCAAGGGAUAACUAGGCGCUUAAAGGUGGUUCACACAAUCUUCGAUGACUUCUUCGAGAAAAUUAUUGACGAGCACAUGGAAUCAGGGAAAAGAGAAGACAAGACAAAGGAUUUCGUGGAUGUCAUGUUGGGCUUUUAUGGUACUGAAAAUUCUGAAUACCGCAUUGAACGAGCAAAUAUUAAAGCCAUAGUGAUGGAUAUGUUGGCUGGGUCAGUGGACACUUCUGCUACAUCAGUAGAGUGGGCACUUUCAGAGCUGCUAAAGAAUCCAAGGGUGAUGAAGAAAGUUCAAAUGGAACUGGAAAGCGUGGUGGGUAUGGAGAGGAAGGUGAAAGAAUCAGACUUAGAGAAGUUAGAGUAUUUGGACAUGGUUAUAAAGGAAAGCCUGAGACUGCAUCCGGUGGCACCUUUGCUGAUACCACACCAGUCCAUGGAAGACUGCAUGGUUGGAGAGUAUUUCAUUCCUAAAAAAUCAAGGGUUAUAGUGAAUGCAUGGGCUAUUAUGAGAGACCCAAGCGUUUGGGAUGAAGCAGAGAAGUUCUGGCCAGAGAGAUUUGAAGGAAGGAACAUAAAUGUGAGAGGGAAUGAGUUUGAGCUGAUACCAUUUGGGUCUGGCAGAAGGCGAUGUCCAGGAAUGCAGCUUGGUCUAACCGUGGUUCGUGAGACAUUGGCUCAACUUGUUCAUUGUUUUGAUUGGAAACUGCCAAAUGACAUGUUGGGAGAUGAGUUGGAAAUGACAGAGAAGUUCGGACUCACAAUGCCAAGGGCCAAUCAUCUAUUUGCCAUUCCUACCUAUCGACUUUCCCAUUAGAGGGAUUGUUAGGGAAGGAAAGAUGCUGCAGGUACCAUUUGUCACAUUCAGA